UAAGGACCUAGAAAUAAGAGGAGGACUCCCAACCCAUAAAAUGACAGACGAUAAGAUCACUGGGACCUUGGUUUUCACUGUCUUCACUGCAGCACUGAGUUCUUUCCAGUUUGGAUAUGACAUUGGUGUGAUCAAUGCACCUCAAAAGAUAAUAGAAUUCCAUUAUAGACAUGUGUUGGGUGCUCCACUGGAUGACCGAAAGGCCACCAACAACUAUACUAUCAACAGCACAGAGGACCUGCCCACAGCCCUACACCCAGUGGGACCAAUCCCUUGGGCCGAGGAGGAGAGUAUGGCAUCUGAUCACCUCGUCACCAUGCUCUGGUCCCUGUCUGUGUCCAGCUUUGCAGUUGGUGGAAUGAUCGCAUCAUUCUUCGGUGGGUGGCUUGGGGACAAGCUUGGAAGAAUCAAAGCUAUAUGGGUAGCUAACAGUCUCUCGUUGAUUGGAGCUCUCUUUAUGGGGUUUUCGAAAUCAGGACCAUCUCAUAUUCUUAUAAUUUCAGGAAGAGGCAUAUCAGGACUCUAUUGUGGGCUAAUUUCAGGCCUGGUUCCGAUGUACAUUGGUGAAAUUGCUCCAACCACUCUCAGGGGCGCUCUUGGCACCUUUCACCAGCUGGCCAUUGUCAUAGGCAUUCUUAUUAGUCAGAUUGUUAGCCUCAACAAUAUUCUUGGCAAUCAUGAUCUGUGGCACAUCUUACUUGGCCUAUCUGCUGUGCCAGCCAUCCUACAGUCUGUGCUGCUCUUCUUCUGUCCAGAAAGCCCCAGAUAUCUUUACAUCAAGGUAGAUAAGGAAGACAAAGCAAAGAAGAAUUUGAAAAGACUCAGAGGAUCUGAUGAUAUUACCAAAGACAUCACUGAGAUGAGAAAAGAAAGGCAUGAAGCAUCAAGUGAGCAGAAAGUUUCCAUGAUUAAACUCUUCACCAAUUCCAGCUACCGAAAGCCCAUUCUUGUAGCAUUGAUGCUCCACGUGGCUCAACAAUUUUCUGGAAUCAAUGGAAUCUUUUACUACUCAACCAGCAUUUUUCAGAAGUCUGGAAUCAGCCAACCUGUUUAUGCAACAAUUGGAGUUGGUUUUAUCAACACAGUUUUCACUGUUAUCUCUGUAUUCCUUGUGGAGAAGGCAGGAAGACGCUCUCUGUUUCUAAUAGGAAUGAUUGGGAUGUUUUUCUGUGCUAUCUUCAUGUCAGUGGGACUUGUGUUAUUGGAUAAGUUUGCUUGGAUGAGUUAUGUGAGCAUGACUGCCAUCUUCCUCUUUGUCAGUUUCUUUGAAAUUGGGCCAGGCCCCAUCCCCUGGUUCAUGGUGGCUGAGUUUUUCAGUCAAGGACCACGCCCUGCUGCUUUAGCAAUAGCUGCAUUCAGCAACUGGCUCUGCAAUUUCAUUAUAGCCCUGUGUUUCCCGUACAUCGAGGGCUUUUGUGGACCUUAUGUAUUUUUCCUCUUUGCUGGAGUGGUCCUGCUCUUUACCUUGUUUAUAUUCUUUAAAGUUCCGGAAACCAAAGGAAAGUCCUUUGAAGAAAUCGCGGCAGAAUUCCGGAAGAAGAAUCGUGGUUCACCCCCAGAGCCAAAAGCUGCAGUAGAAAUGGAAUUUCUGGGAUCUGCAGAGCCUGUGUAAAGACUACCUGCUUUUUGACAUGAAGAGAAAUAGGAAGAAACCAUGUGGUUUUAAAAUGAUGAUUCCUUGAGGAUUUUCUCUCCAUAUCUUGAAGAAUUAUUUUAAUUUUUACAGAGCUGUUAUGGACUCUGAUCAGAAAUGUCAUCAAAUAGUACCAAAGAAAGUAUAUAUUUUUAAAAGUUAGAGAAUCUGUUUUUGAUGGAAAGACUAUAAGUAAGUAAACUAAAAGUCCAGCUCAUUUUGCUAUACUAAAGGGCAAGCGCAUUCUAAUGGCCCUAGCCUUAUUCUUUGUAAUGAAGGUCUCUUGAUGUUGAAGAGGUUUCAAUGUAUCAUAUUAUUGCUUCAUUAAACACCUGACUCCACUCAAAACCUGAGAUACAAUAAAUAUGUACAUAUUUGGAUUAAACUGGAAUUUUCUUACCCACAGAUCUCAUCCUAGAGAAUAUAUGGGGAAUGGCAGUAAGGUCAUGCUAAAAUUGACAACUUUCUCAUUUCUCCCAUUCAGCUUUUUUUUUCUUAUGCACUAGAAUUUGUGUUUUGUUUAAAAUUUUAUUUUUGUCUAUAUUUUCAUAUGGAAUGACAUAUUGAGUAUAUUAAAAUAUUUUUAUAAAGAAAAUUUUAUUUUACUAUUGGUAGUUGUACCAAAAUCUUUCAGCACUCUACAGAAAGAUUUUAGUUCCUUUAUUUGACAAUUUUUUUUCUGCAAUAUUAAGCACUAAAGAGGUUUUACCUGGUCAUAUAGCUUGGAUUAUCAGUUAAUAUUAACAUCUAUUGUAAAACCAUGUUAAUUCCUUGCUGGUUCAGUCCUAUGAGCUAUAUUUUGUUUUUGUUUUGCUUUUUAAAUGAAAAUGGCUUUUCUGUGUCUCUGGUUCUCUUCUUCAAGGCCUUUGGGCAGAUCAAAAUUACAAAGAUGAAAGCAUUUAACAUUUUCAUAGGUAAUGUGAAAUUACUGUAAUUUAAUCAAAUCACUAUUCCUCAAUUCAUUUACUAAGAGAAUAAAGUAGUAAAGGUUUAAAAAAGGAACCCUCCAAAAACACUUUUAUGUUUUAAUUAGUUAUAUUGACUGACCCACAAAUACCACAAGUUCAGACACUGACAUUUUCUGUUUUCAGAAACAUUUAAGUACCUUACAUUAUUUCCAUUCUACAUUUUUUUUCCUUGCAGAGACACAUUUUUUCUUCUUUCUUGAGUUGAAGAGAAACAUUAAAGGGAAAUAAGCUGAUAAAGCUUCAUUCAAGGACAAAAGAACAAGUUUGACAUAAUACAACUCCUAGGUUUAACAGAGUUUACAUAUAUAUAUAAAUAUGUUUAUAAAUAAUAAACAUGCAAGUAUGUAAAUAAUAACUUGGCACUAAUUUGGUAGAUUUAAUCCUACCAAAUUGAGUUCAAACCCUUAAUUUCACAGUACUUGGGCUUUUUCUGAAAAUUUUCAUAUUCUAAUGUCCUUCCAAAUGUGUUUUUCUCUUAGCUUGUUCUAAAUAUGAGGAUAAGAAUUUUUGGUCUAGUCACUCACUGUUACAUCUAGCUAUUGCCCACUGUCACAACACCGAUGAGAGGUCUUAUCUAACCUCCUCCUUCCCACUUUCCUCUAUAUGAUCAGCACUGCUAUGGGUGCUGGGAGACAGUAUAGAUGCCACCCACCACCCCAAGAUGCUCACAGUAUAAUAGGGAAAUAUGGGAAUACCAGGGUGUAGGAGUCCCAUUAUGUGUCUUUUGCCUUCCACGGACCAGGAUUUGGGGCCCUCUUUUGUAAAAUGGGCACAAUUAUAUAACCUACCUCAGAGGGCUGUUGUGCAGACCAAGUGUAAAGUUGCUUAGUAUAGUACCUCAUGGUGCUCAAUAAGUGUUACCUAGAAUUAGUGUCCAUAGAUACUAUUAGAAUAGAGGAACUUCACAUAUAAGAUGGCUACAAAUUUCUCCUUUGAAAGAAAAGGGUGUUAUAAAUUCAAGAUAAGAUUUUCUCACUGCAAGGAACAAUCUCACUAGGAGAAGGAAUUGAGAAGAAUCAGAGGAAAUGUUAGGCUUUCCAAUUCCCAAAUCCAGUUUUGAUAUUUCUAAAUAGGUUAUGAGAAUUUUAGUGUGUUUUUAAAAUUUGCUUUUCCUAAGUUAUAUUUUUAAGGGGGCACUAUAUGUAAUAUUAGUAUGUUGGAAAAUAUUAUAUACAAAAUAAAAUUCUGUAUGUCAUAUUAAAAUGUAAUUUAACAGGAUGAUAAUCACAGGAAAAAAGAAAAACUUACUUGAUAACCCUCAGAAAUUGCAAAAGUAUUAUAUAUAUGUAAACUGGCGUAUAUGAAUAAAUUACUACUUAUUGCAUAUGUAGCAAAUAAAGCAGUGUUAGGCAAUAUCUUGUGCUUACAGUGUCCUAAGCAUGAGUGCUGAAUAAAGUAUAAUACAUAUAUACAGUAUUAUAUAUAUAUAGUGCUGGUUUCAAUCUAUUAUGUACCCCAGGAAAGCCAUUUUCUUUUGAUCCAGACUUGUGAUGGCAGACCUAUUGUGGGUGGGAUCUUUCGAUUAGGUUGUUUCCAUGGAGAUGUGACCCCACCCGUUCAAGGUGGGUCUUACUUAGUUUACUGGAGUCCUUAAAGGGAGCUCAGAGCCAACACAGACCCAGAGCUUGGAGAUGCAGACAAAAAGACAUUUUGAAGAGCGCUCAGAGACACUUAGAGAGGAAAAAUCCAGAGACGUUUUGGAGAAAGCAAAGGAAAUCAGAAGCUAACCCUGAGAGCGGCCCACCCAGCUCUGGCCAUGUGCGUUCCCAUGUGAAAGAGGAACUCCGGAUGCCAUUGGCCUUUCUUCAGAGAAGGUACCGUCCUACUGAUGCCUUAAUUGGGACAUUUUCAUAGCCUUAGAACUGUAAAUUUGUGAACUAAUAAACCCCUAUUGUAAAAGUCAAUCCAUUUCUGCUAUUUGGCAUUUCAGCAGCAUAGCAAACCAGAACAGGUUUAUAUGUAUAGUUUUUCAUGACAAUCCUAUGUCAGCGACCUGGGGAGAAAACCUUUAUUGCCAACCACUCUGAGCCAUCAGCUGGUGUUCUUACUGCUUUCUAAUUUGAUGCAUAUCAAAAAGAAGUGUCAUGAGGAGAAAAUGGCUUUACUUAAGAGUACAUGUACACAACAGUUUUGUGACAAUAAAUACAUUUAUGAAUGUU